UAUUAUUUUCGCUCGCCAAACCUCAUUCGUGAAAUUAUAGCUUUUUUACCAUGUCCCAGGCCAUACCAGCCAUUGUUACAGAGCAGUCUUCGUCGGAGCAUGACAUUCGCCCCGAAGACGAUGACCUCAAUGUCGAUACAGAAGAAGACCGACAGGUAGAGGAAGCGGUGAUUGUGGAAAAGCCAGACCCCAACCAGUUUGAUUCCGAAACAGACGAAGACGAAGAUGAAGUGCCACAUGAAGAUGACCUUGAGUAUGACGCAGCCAACGACGCCAACCUUGACAAGGCGGAUAAAGAACUGAUGGCUAUCACCGAGAGAAAUCGACACAUUGACUUAUGUCGAUAAAGCCAGCAUGGCUGAGAUUUUACCGGGACCACAACGUCGAGUCCGCACCUACUUGAUUAUGUGCGAUUUCAGCGACGAAAGUUAUCAUGCCAUGGAGUGGGCUAUGGGUACUAUGCUUAGAAACAAUGACGAACUCCAUAUAUUGACUGUCGUUAAUAAGGAAGAAGAGUUUGGUAGCGAUGAAGAUGUUCGUAAAGAACUCGAAAAGGCAUCAAAACAAUCCACUUCCAAGGCCAAAGAUACCAUUGAAAAGAUGCUAUUGUAUAAUAUCAGGAUAACUACCCAUGUCGUCUAUGGCAAGAUUAAGGAUACGCUGCUGAAUAUGAUUGACGACUUAGAUUUGACCAUGGUUAUCUGUGGAUCACGCGGCCGAGGUCCUCUCAAAGGCUUCAUUAUGGGGUCGAUCAGUUCUUUCCUAGUGCACAAUGCAUCUGUGCCAGUUUCAGUGGUGCGUAAUCAUAAAUUGGCCAGCCAACGCAAGAGAAGACCCUCUGCAGCUAGAAAACUGAGUCAAAGCGUGCAGAGCGGCGAGCUUAAGGUCGAUGAAGCAGAGUAACUUAUAGCCUACUUAUUUUGUAUACAUUGUACUUUCGUUUUCAUUUCCCUCAAACCGAUUUACAUAUUAAAUAACUUUGGAAUGUAUUAAAUGUGGAGUGGGACUCCUCCAGAGGGAGAAGUGAUAAAGACAGUAUUAUGUGUGCUUACAGUACAGUCUGACCAUUCUGUUGAUGUUAAGACGAAUAGACAUCCAAGGGGGUAAAUAGUAU